CAACCGUGCCGUGGACAGUCAGUCGCUUCACAGUGUGUCCGUACGUGUGUUUUGCUGUUCGUCGUUGUUGGAGCCGCAAAAGCACCUCAUCCAAUAUCCAGUGUAUCGCGUGCGUUUGUGUUUGUGUGGAGUGUACGUGUGCACGGUGUAACGCCUAUCGGUGAAUGUGUGUGUGUGUGUAUGUGCGACGGCUAGAGUUGUGAUUUUUGGGGUAGUGUGUGCAAGUGCGUUGUUCAAGUCGCAAGAUCAUCGGUUCUUUUUUGUUGGUUACUGCUUCAAUCCGAAAGCUCACGCUAAAGCUUAACGGGCAGAAUCGAGAAUCGGUGUGUGAGCCACGAAGAACGAAGUUGGGUUUUUUUGCUUUGCUGGUGUGUGCGUUGGCUGGCAUUAGGCACGGGAAUAGAUUGCGAACGGAAAGGUAAACGUGCCAACGAGUAACACGUCUUCCACGGUUUGCUAUCCUUCACGAUCGCCAUCAAUUCCGGACCAUCGAGAGUGUCGAUCGACAGCCGGUUCGACCGUAUACAGCAACUACAACGCAUUGGACCAACAUCUGCGCAGCUUUUAAUCUUUGUUACAGUAUAGAGAUCAGUUACGCAGCGGACGGUGACCGGGGCUGUUCGGUGUUUAGGCUCCAGCGCACAACUAGGAAGACACGUGCGUGCUCCGUACCUACGGCGGCUUACAGCAGCUUGGCGGCGCUAUACGUGACAAAUACGUGCACCGAUCCCGUGGCCCAACAUGGCUUCCACGCUAAUGUUCUGGAACAAGCAGAACUCCAACUCCAACCAAAACGGAAACGAUGCCAAGAACACAAAAAACGGCCGCAACUGGUUGCACGCGCCAGAUGUGCUCGUCAACGGGCACGUCGCUUAUCUAGUCAAAUACCUCGGUAGCACUCCCGUGGAGCAGCCAAAGGGUAUCGAAGUUGUCAAGGAAGCCAUCCGGAGGCUGCAGUUCACACAGCAGAUGAAGAAGGCAGAGGGCGGUGGUAAUGUGAAGACGAAGAAGGUCGAAAUCACCAUCAGUGUGGACGGUGUAGCAAUACAGGAACCACGAUCACUGACUAUCAUGCACCAGUUUCCGCUGCACAAGAUAUCCUACUGCGCGGACGAGAAGGGCGUUAAGAAAUUCUUUAGCUUCAUCGCCAAAACCGGCACGGCGGCAACGACCACGGCUUCUAUAAGUUCUGUCGAUGAUACGAACAGCUCGAACAACUCCACCACCAGCAACGGUACUGAGGACCGGCACGAAUGUUUCGUGUUCAUCUCGAACAAGCUCGCCUCGGACAUAACGCUCACGAUCGGGCAAGCGUUCGAUUUGGCCUACCGGCGUUACGUCAGCGAUAGUGGCAAAUCGCUUGAGUCGGUCAAACUUCUCGCGCAGAAAAAACAGCUGGAACACACGAUCACCGCCUACCGGCAACGGCUGCGUGAUCUAUCGGAGCUGGUAUCGAAAGCGGAACUGGAGAAACUGCUGCUGAAGAUGGGCCUCAGAGAUAUUUGUGAUGUACCAGCGCUAGAAAAUGGUGUCGAAGGCCAUAACAAUUACAGCAGCAAUAACAACAACAUUAACAGUAACAACCAUAAUGUCAAUGGCAGCAAGACGCCGGAUUUGGGCAUUGAUGUCUCGUUACCGAACAAUGACGAUCAACUGUUGAUCGAAACGUCACCAAAACACUUUGCACCGAUGGUACCGCCGAGAAACAUUCAGAAUCAAAUUAACAACACGCUAGAAGCACUCAAACCAUCGGUCGGUACGAAGCUGGAGGGAUUGCUUCUGAACUCAGACUCGGACAGUGAUUUCGAUCCGCGUGCACCAGACACUGACUCGAGUAUCUCCACUGGUGGCGGUAACAAGAUCAGCAACGAUCUGUUCGGCUUUGAGCCACCAAAACCUGCGAAUGCCACCCUUGGUCAGCAGCUUUUUGGCAGUGUCACCAACAACGGUCACAACAAUGGAUUCACCAACGGCAACGGUGCUGUCACGAACGGAUUUGGCGCUCCGAACAGUCCUCCUCCCAUUUUGGCUCCUCCACCAGCGAAGUCCGCUCCGCGACGAACGGUACCACAGAGCAACGGAACAACCAACGGAAGUAGCGCGUACCAGGACCUAUUCGGAUCGGUACCAUUUAAUCCGCAGGGUAGUGAUGAUUCGACAGCAACGACGGAAGAAUCGUCCUCCCAUAUGCUAAACGAUCACACGUGCUCCGUCAACUCGGCCAACCUCAAAUCGGGAUUCGGUCCAUUCGCGCAAGAGGUGAACGUACUGAGCAAAAAUUCGUAUCAUCUCGAUUCGAUCCUUGCGUACGGUGCGGGUUGCAACGGGUCGGGCGCUUUUAAUGAACCAACCGUCCCAACCAGCAACACCGCCGGAACCGCUGCAAAUCUGGCCUCUAAAUUGAAUCCGUUCGCGGCGGCCAUCCGCAACAGCAAUCCGCUCGCUGCCGUGCAGCACAAGGCCGCCGCAUACGACGUGUUCAAAAACGCGAGUGAUAAGGAACGGUUAACCACUAAUACCGGUACGGUCUCACAGCCUACAUCGUUCGAUGGGGACGAUGGUGAAAUGGCACACAGUGCUAACAUUACGGCCCCUGCGGCCCUUGCAUCCGAUACCGACACUAACCAAUCGGUUCACAUCUCAUCCGGUCCGGUGAACGAACAGGCUCACGCUUCUGAGGCGCUGUUUGAAGAUUUUGCUUUAUCGGCUUUUAACGAGUUUAAGAAAGAUUUAAGCAUCAACAGCCGCAGCGUGAAGCGUCAGUCCUCGUUCCAGCAGGACCGUCUUCAUAAGCCAUCGCUCGGAACACUUAAAUCCAUCGGUGGUAGCCUCGGGGAUGCUAACUAUAGUGGUGGGGUUCGCUUGCGCCGGGCCGGUGGUGGCCCCGUGCUACUCCAACCCGAGAUGAAGACGACCAAGAACGGUUUCUUUAGCUCCGACGAUGUGUUGGAUACGUUCGAUCCGCUAAAGAAGUAAAUUCAAACCAUCGUCCAUCUGCAAUCAUACGAUCUUCGCCAAUCUCGUGUCGUGUCGUCAUCGCAGGCAAACUGUUUCGAACAAGUAACGCAUCAUUUAGACAGUAAACCAGCCAACAACCAUGGCGUAAUGUGCGAAACAGUUGCAACCGCCCCGCACAUAGCGCCCGGUGAAUCCGGUCGUAGACGUUACGAGAAUGUUUAGAACCGUGUUUGUGUCCGUGUGUUUAUAAUUUUGUUUUGUUUUGUUUGGAAAUGGAGCGGCAAGCUUUUGCGUAAUGUGGAAGUGAAUUGUAUUUUGUUAUAGUAAUUGUACGUACUCCGUUUAAGUAGGGACACGUUUUCUUCAUACUUUGUUUUUUCCAUUCUGUCUUUUUUUUCAUUUUCUUUGGAGGAACUCGUUGCCGACCAUAGCUUGGAUAACAUCUUUCUGAUUUGUGUGUCCAAAAAUAAUCUUUGCAAUAUAAUUAACGGUGCUUGAAUUGGCAACAUCCGCGUAAGGAGUGCUUGAUCGCAAUUAGAGUGUUGUAUAGAACCAAUGUGAUGCCAAAAGAAUUUUCAUGGUGACAUUAUGCUGAACAUAAAACAUACGCACAAUAUUUUGCAAAGAAGUGUAGUAGAAAGGAGUGAAAGGGAAGUACUAUCUGGCACAAUGAUCAAUAUUCCAUUCGAUACUUUAGUUUAGCAACGGAACGAGUUUAAGCUAGUAACAGGAAAUAUUCAAUAUACCAUCAAGCGAUAGCUUAAUUUAUACUUACUUUUAAUCAAACACUAACGUAAAACGCUCUGUGGUAAAAUUAUCCUAAACGAAACAUUCCCUCGAUAUGUGUAAAUGAUGAUCUACGUGUUUCUUUAUCGUUUCUCGUGUUUUCUAUUCUUCGAAUCUCCCGUCAUUCCCGAUUAGUGAAUCAAUUGGUGCAUUAGAACAAACGUUAGUGUAUGGUGUUGAGAAUUGAAAAAUUUCGUGAUGGGAUGAACAAAAAAAGGGAAAAGGUACAAUUUUACAUACAUAUUUCGCAACUUUGUCACAAAGCCAACUAGAGAGAUGUAGAAAAAACAAAGCUUUUAAAAACAAAACACACUAAUAGAAUGUUAUUGACGAGAUAAAUUGUUAUGGAGCGAGAAUUUGAAAUUAAUUUGCUAGUUUUUGUUGCUUUUCUCAAAUGUUUGGAUACUGUUCGACUUUAACGUUUCCCAAGUGUGCACUCUAGUGUGUUAGUACUUUGUAAAUUUUUGUUAUUUGUGCGUUUUUGACUCUCUCGAUGUGUUGUAUCAUUUUUUGUUUCGAAUUUUGCUUCUGUUUGUUUUCCUUUUUCUGUCCGGUAACCUUCGCCCACGUCUAAAGCGUUAGCAAAAAAAACCCCAUCACGAAACGAUUCAGUACUGUGACAGUAUAAUACGAACCAUUACACAUAGAUAUAUA